UUACGUAAUCAAAUCAAAUCAUGGCCACACGCUUGCUGCGUUGAGGGAGGUUGGAUUACCCCUGCAGUAAGCUUAAGCGCCUGAUUCUGUGAAAGCACCUGGUUUCAGGGCUGAACUGUGACCGAUGCCGGCCGCUGCAAUGGCUGAGCCAGGCGUACGGAAUGAAGCAUUAUUGUCGCCCCCUUCACUCCCGCCUAAAUCCCCUCUAAGGACGUUACGGAGUACAGCAAGUCUGAAUGGUACCCAGGCAACUUCGAUAGGCCCUGGGACUCCCUCUCGUGGCCAGUCGAUCUCCGCUGUCCUUGUCUCUUCACAUGCCGGACCUAUCCCUCCUUCCGGCGCUACCUCCUCAGUACGAUAUUCUCCCCCUUCCCCAUCUUCGAAGGAUCCUGCGGUAUCUACCCCAAGACGCGCGUCAGCUACAUCAUCAAUGCAGUCGACGAUAACUACUUCAAGUGGCUACGACUCUGCGUUGUCUAGUCAUGACAUCCCACCCGUCCCCACUUCGUCUUCAUUAGUUAUCAUUUCGGCUUCAGGUGUUCGAUCAACAUCUGAGCAUGACUCACAGCUAGCACUUUCUCAACGACGGCAUGCUAUGAUAGAGCUCCUAACAUCCGAGCAGGCGUAUGCAAGUGACCUGGCACUGAUGCGACACAUUUACAUCCCGUUGGCACUCGGUCUCCCAGCCAGUAUUCAGAUCCCGUCAUCUGAGCCACUUUCUGUUGGCCAACCACAUUCCAAUGCCACCCGCGACACAUCAUCCACUAAAAAUGAAACACAGAAACCUCCAAUGACACCAGAGGACGUUCGGAUAAUAUUCACAAACACAGAGGAAAUGGCAGCUUUUUCCGAUGGCUUUUCGGAGCGCAUAGAAAGUGCAAUUCGGAAUAUUCUUGAUGAGAAAGAAACAGACGUCGACUUAGAGCGCCAUAGAAUGGAUGAUCUUGGGGCAUUGUUUUUGGAGGUGGCACCGAUAAUAAAGAAGCUAUAUACCACAUACAUCACCCGGCAUCCGCUUGCAAUAUCGCGUCUCGAACUGUUGAUGGCUCCGAUAGCUUCCAAUUCCUCCCCAAGCCCCAUUCCUGGUUCUUUCGGAAAGGCUGAUCGCCCAUAUGGCAUGACUACUGACAUGAAAGCCUAUUUGGCGAAGACCCGAGCAUUGACCGAACGACAUACUCAUGCAUGGGACUUACCUUCUCUUCUAAUUAAACCCGUACAACGUCUCCUGAAAUACCCAUUACUCCUCCACGCAAUUAUCCAAUCAACAGAACGGAUUAUCCCCCACCAUCCAGACUUGCCUUCGCUCAUGCGGGCAAAAGGUGUGAUGGAAAGGGUUGCUCGAGAUGUGAAUGAGGCCCGUCGGCGAUGGGAAGUGGUCAAGGUAGUUUUGGAAGCUUACGGAUUCGGAGCUGCACCCCUGCCACCCCCUGCGCCGUCGCCUCCUCCAGCGAGUACUCAUACAGAUGGGAAUACCGGCUCAGGAUUGAUGUCAUUUGCGCGGAACUUAGCUAGUGGGAAGGGCACACCGAAGAGGCCGAAGAGCUCGGGAGUUGGAGCGAGCCGUGCCUCUCCCGCUCCUGGGACGGAGGAUGUCAUUCAGAAUCCUUUGACAAGGAUUCAAAGUCUGAAAACGAAGCUGAAGACAAACUUUUCAAUAACUCCUACUUCUCCUGCUGCCGCUGAGGAGAUUCGAAUUGCUAUUGAUGAACUUACUGGCUGGGAAGAUAGGAUGAAGCUCGCCGAAAUAACGUUACGGGGCUUUUUCAAGUGUUUGGUGGUAGAUUGGGCCCGCAGUGUGCGUGACGCGUUCACUUCCCUCGGCGCCUGGGGCGUGGGGUUUAGUGCUGUCAUUGGUGAUAUAAGUCUGGGGAACGCUGGGAAAUCUGACGAUGCCCUAAAAAGCUUCGUCGAGAUGAUGAGGGGGUUAAUAGCCCUUUGGCAAGACCUGGACUUGACUCUACAAUCUUCGAUGCAACCCACCCUGACCACACUGAUCGGUUCGCUCUCACGGCCGCUUACACUCGUUCGACAUUGCAUUGCUCUUCAUCCUCUACACGUCCAGCACCUAUGUACACCUUACUCGAAGAAUAGAUCUCCAUAUCUCCUCGCAUCCUCAAAGACAUUUUUGGCGCUCCAAGCACAGCUUCGCGCCGAGAUGCCGAUCUUCCUAGAUUUAUUCGACCGUGGCUUCGCAGGAAUAGUUCUCAAAGCGUCCAAGAUUCAGGCUAGAUUUUGGGAAGAAUGCUGGACUCGGUGGUCGUUGUUUGCCCUUGGAGCAGGCGUUUCUGGGGGAAUGAGACUACCUUCAGGUGUUAUACCCGAAACACCGGAUCGGAACAACACUUCGGGUCCUUCCACAUCACCAGAAGUGACCACAUCCUCAACCGUGGCGCCAAUGGCAUCAAACAUAGCCACAGUUGAUGGAAAUGAGCAUGAAAUCUCCAGGUUGUUCCGGGAACGAUGGGAAGGCGUUGAUUUCGCAAUCAAUGGCUUUAGCAUCGUUAGAAAGAUCGUUGGAACGCGAAUAUCGGGUGCCAGCUCGUCUCUCGACCCUCAUGUACCUGUGGUUCGAUCAUCAGCCACUUCAUCUCUUAUUGCAGCUUUAUCGAACGAAGCACUUGGUGCCCUUGCCUCCCCGGUACCAACUCCAGGUGGAUCAUCCUCUUCAUCUCAUAAGCGGAGCCGAAGCAAUACGGCUUCCUCUCAUAAGGGAUUGGAUGGGGCCAGCACAGGAAGCUCGAUGCUGUCUUCUUCUAUGAGCCCACAUCCGCAUUGGGAUGCCACCGCGGCCUUACAUGCACCCACCAGCGUGAAUGGACCUCCACUCACACCCCUGGAGCGAGAGCGGAAAGAGCAGAAGAGGCGCGAAAAGGCCGACAAAGCUGCAGCAAUCAAACUUUCCCAGGACCGUGCAAAGGCCGAGAAAGAGCGCCAGAAACAGGAGCAAAAGAAGACGAAAACCAAGGACAGAGAAUUACCAGUGUCUGUUGGUAUUGGUGGUCCCAUGUUUGCUUCGAGUUUUGCACGGCCGGCGGAAGAAAAAAAGCAGGUUGAACCAACAGAGCAUGUCAUUGAAACGUCUCGUCGACCGGGGGAUGGUAGGGACCAAAACAAUGUGGCUAAAAGGGCAAAAGACAUGCUCCACGGAUUCAUGCCUAUCAAUGUGCCUGAUACGACGCCAUCUCUACCAACUCUCGAUUCGAUGUCCCCGCUUUCCCCAUCUCCCCCUGGGUCAUACCCUAUGUGGCGACGACCCCCUGCUAUCCAAGUGCACCCGUAUGGCCAUGAACCUAAGCUCUCGAGCCCUCGGGCGCCAGUUUCCCAUGGCCCCGGCACGUGGGAAUCACUAUUCGACGCUUCUCAACAGACUUAUUUGUUCCACGAUCAAACAGAAGAUUAUUUUUCCCGAGAUAUCUCAACCAAAUUUUACCCAGACUAUCCGUCUGCGUCAUCUUCCCGCCGCAUUCACUCUGUUUCCUCAAACCCGGAGUCUGAACGCCUCCGCAUGUCACCCUCAUACCAAGGCGAAAAUAGCCAGAUCCCACUAGCGCUUAGCGUCACUCCUGGGGAGCCGCCUGGUGCAGAGCCAAACGGUGAUCCAGAUCCCCCAGUGGCAGAGCACGAGACCUUGUAUAUCGUUUCCUGCGUCCAUCCAUUCCGACCACCAGAAGGCGUUACCCACCUCGAUCUCCCCUUCCUAUCCCUGGAUGUUGGUGAUGUCGUCGACAUUCUCCUCGAGGAUGGACACCCAUCUACGCACGAAAAUCUUCCGAUCUAUGUGGAUGAAGGCGACGAUUGUAUGCUCGUUGGGCGAGACGAGCAAGACAGGAUUGGAUGGUGUCUUGCAUCAUUUGUUAUGCCGCUCAUGUAACUAUGUGCAUUUUCCACUCAUUCUCAGAUGAGGAAGACAUCUAUUUCUGGAUUUCUCCACUGAUUUAUUCAAUUUCUCGUAGAAAACUACUGGCACAUUUCCUUUUCAUUCCGUCGUAUAAU